GUCAGGUGCUUUUAUCCACCCCGGGAAUCGGGGAAAAAAUAAAACACCGUGGCACGGUGGGAAAGCCGCACUACCCCGGACUCCUCUCCGCCCGCCCUCCAGUGCGUAAGAUCCGGCUUGGAGGAAAGGGAUGAAUGUUAAUUUCAAAGAUGGCGGCGGAGGGAGGAGGGAAGGAGAUGAACGAAAUCAAAACUCAGUUCACCACACGGGAAGGCGUCUACAAACUCCUCACUCACUCCGAAUACAGCCGCCCGAACAGAGUGCCUUUCAACUCGCAGGGCUCGAACCCGGUCAAGGUCUCCUUCGUCAACGUCAACGACCAGUCGGGCAACGGGGACAGGAUCUGUUUCAAUGUGGGCCGCGAGCUCUACUUCUACAUCUACAAAGGCGUCAGAAAGGCGGCUGACCUGAGCAAGCCCAUCGACAAGCGCAUCUACAAGGGAACACAGCCCACCUGCCACGACUUCAACCACCUCACCGCCACGGCCGAGAGCGUUUCGCUGCUGGUGGGCUUCUCUGCCGGGCAAGUGCAGCUCAUCGACCCCAUCAAGAAGGAGACGAGCAAGCUCUUCAAUGAGGAGAGACUAAUAGACAAGACCAGGGUGACGUGCGUGAAGUGGGUUCCGGGCUCUGAAAGCCUCUUCCUGGUGUCGCACGCCAGCGGGAACUUGUACCUGUACAACGUGGAGCACACGUGCGGUACCACGGCGCCACACUACCAGCUCCUCAAGCAGGGCGACAACUAUUCGGUGCACACCUGCAAGAGCAAAUCCACGCGGAACCCCCUCCUCAAGUGGACUGUGGGUGAGGGCGCCCUCAACGAGUUCGCGUUCUCCCCGGAUGGGAAGUUCCUGGCAUGCGUGAGCCAGGACGGCUUCUUGCGCGUGUUUAACUUUGACGCCGUGGAGCUGCACGGGACCAUGAAGAGCUACUUCGGGGGCCUGCUGUGCGUGUGCUGGAGCCCCGACGGCAAGUACAUCGUGGCGGGCGGCGAGGACGACCUGGUCACGGUCUGGUCCUUCCUGGACUGCCGGGUGAUCGCGCGCGGCCACGGCCACAAGUCGUGGGUGAGCGUGGUGGCCUUCGACCACUGCACCACCAGCGUGGAGGAGAGCGACCCGCUGGAGUUCAGCGGCAGCGACGAGGACUUCCAAGAGCAGGUGACCAACUCGGGGCGGGACCGCGCCAACAGCACGCAGUCGCGCCUCUCCAAGCGCAACUCCACCGACAGCCGACCCGUCAGCGUCACGUACCGCUUCGGCUCGGUGGGCCAGGACACUCAGCUGUGCCUGUGGGACCUCACCGAGGACAUCCUUUUCCCGCAUCUGCCUCUUUCGCGGACACGGACGCACACAAACGUGAUGAACGCUACAAUCCCGCCGCCGGGACCCACCAUCCUCUCUUCUAGUACGAACGCCACCAACGGAAGCACCAGCGGGGCCAGCACCCCUGGCGUCAACUCCGUCUCCUGUACACUACCGCGGUCCAACAGCCUGCCCCAUUCCACCGCUUCCGGCACCGCCACGACAACCACAACCACAAUAGCGAACAACACUAACAGGCCGAGCGGCGGCACCACGGACGGCACCGUCGCCACGGGCGUCAGCAAGUUCGCCACGCUGUCGCUGCACGAUCGCAAGGAGCGCCACCACGACAAGGACCACAAGCGCAACCACAGCAUGGGCCACAUCAACAGCAAGAGCAGCGACAAGCUCAACGCGCUGACCAAGAUCAAGGCGGACGCCGCCAAGACACUGGGCACGGCGCUGUGCCCGCGCAUGGAGGACGUGCCGCUGCUCGAGCCGCUCAUCUGUAAAAAGAUAGCGCAUGAGAGGCUGACUGUGCUCAUCUUUUUAGAGGACUGCUUAGUAACUGCUUGUCAGGAGGGAUUUAUUUGCACAUGGGCCAGGCCGGGCAAAGUGGUAAGUUCUUUUUAACCCAGGGCCAAUACAAGCACGUCUCUCUCUCUCGCUCUCUUCCUCACUCUCUCCGGCGGCGGGUUGCCACUCAUGAGCUUGUAGCAAUUCUAGAUAUGAGUCUCAUAUCACGUACCCCCCCCCCCCCACACACACACACACACAGUGCUCCUACGCCAAAUCACAAGACGGCCAAUCCUUUUUUUUUGUUGUUAGCGCGGUGUUUCCCAACCUUCGAGCCAAGGCACAUAUACAGUAUUAGAUAGUUUCUCACGGCAUAUCAGCAAAUAAAAAUGUCACCAAAAAAAAAAGUGAUCGCAUGUACACAGGUGGAGUUUUAUUCCAUACUGUGAGGGGCUGUCAAGGACAUAAUUCAGGAUUACCUUGUCCACACAUUACUAGUGAAAUGCUUUUUUAGACACUAGUGAAGCGCUGGGUUCAAGCUGUCCCAACUAGUCUGCUAUGCGAAUUAAUGAAACCUGUGAGCAUGAGCAGCGAGAUAUCUUCUAAGACAACCAGAACUCACCAGUUGCCAUCCAAUCAGUACUUUGAGAGUACAAUAAACUCUAUGAAUGAUUAAAUUUGCAGGCAGAGUAAAAUGCUCAUUCGUACACCACUGAAGCGCAUAUUUAAUUUUUUUUCUCAUGUUUUCAGUUCUAAAUGCAUGUAAGGUAAUCCUGAAUUAUGUGCUUGAUGGGCCCUCAUACCAGACCUACUUGUGAUUUCACAACAUUUUCAUAAAUAAUCCCACAUACUUCAAACUUUUACUUUAUAUUUGUAUUGACGUGUUGAACAAUUCAGGACAAGAGCACCUUUUUGUUUCACACCGCACAGUUUUCGAGUGAGCAAAAGUUUUGGAACAACGACAUCAGUGGCCCAGAAUUGGUUGGUUGUCUGCUUCAAAAGUAGAUCUUGGGGCACUGAGCUACAGCAUUUGUUGCGUCUACGCAAUAAUACGAGGUGGCUAAACAUUUCUUUGGUUUCACAGUCAUAACGGCCCUCUGAGGGAAAUCAUAACUACAACGUGGCGGCCCGUGACAAAAAUAAGUUAACGUCUUUCAAUAUUGUCGUUGUUGUUGUUCCAAUACUUUAGCUCACUUGAAAACAGGAUGGCUUUGAACAAAAUGUGCUCUGUCCUGAGUGGUUUAACACGCAAAAGCUGGAUUUCUAAACUUCUGUUUCACAUUCAUCUGUCGAUGAAUACGUUAAUCGUACAUUCUGACAUCUAGUGGAAGACAAUUUGUCUGUCCCUAUGAGUUGCUGACAUCGAAACGCACAUUGUAAUAAAUAAAUAAUAGCUUGAUAUAUAUUGGCGAACUUCCCGUGGCUUUGUGGUUGGGAAUCACCACGUUAGUGCAGUCAACAAGCCCAACUUCUUUGCUGUGAACAAUCUUGUAUGCACUUCUCCCAAUGCUCACAACUAGUCAGUCUUUUUUUUUUUUUAAUUUCCAGUAAGGAAAACCCCCUUUAAAAAAAAAUAAAAUAAAAGUAAAAAGUACUCCCAUCAAACUCUGUGCAGGGGUGAGGGAUGACCCACGUAGGAACCAAUUAAUUUUUCACAUUGAAAAUCUUUUAAUUUCUCAAUGCACAAACCUUAAAGCAAACGAGUGCAUAAAUAUGUAAAAUAAGUAUAAAUUGUAAAAGAUAUUUUGAUAUAUUUUGAAUGUGCUUUAUCCCAUGAUUCCAAAUAAAACGGCACUUUUCUGAAAUAUAAAUAUUCAUAUUCAAAUGUAUUCAGAAUGUGCCUUUUUUUUUUUUUUUUGAUGUACGGAUUUGGACAGAACAAGUACCUCCCAAAACUAUGUUUUGAGACUACAAUAAAAUCAUUUUUUCCCCAAAAAAUUUUACUCAAGAGUAGUGAAGCCCACAUUCCAAUUACUCUGAAACCUCCAUAGUGCCCCAAUUAGGAGUUGUCCGCACAGUUGAGGAUUUGCAAUGAUUAAUCUUUACAACUUUAGCAUUACUAAUAAUGUAAUAUUUCCAAACUGAUUGGCUUGGGAAAAUCCCUCAUAACACGGGCCACACCACGAGAUAAUCACUCAUCUUAAUCUUUGGAGACAUCCGACAAUCGGGAAGGGGGAAUCGGGAAUCAUGCUCUCUGUUUUUGUGCUCGGAUGAAAGCCAUGUCUAUUAUUAACAAAAAAAAAAAAAUAUAUAUAUAUAUAUAUAUAUUAUAUAUAUAUAUAUAAUGUAUUUUUAUGUUGAUGUGAGGGGAGCAGUUUCAUUUAGUCAGCCCAGAGCUUUGCCGAACAGAAAAAGACACGUGCACUACGACUUCCUCUUAGGCUGGUUCACCACUGGCACCUUUCAGAGGUGGCAGCACUCCGAAUAACCAAAGAAAAGGCCAUUUUAGCUUGCAGAUUAUUCCCCCCUCAACCAUAUUUUGCUUCCAUUUCAAAUAUUACUUGGUGCGCACUGAACCCGCUUUGCCUUUCGUGGGGGAGAUCGUCACCGAGCCCUGCUGCGAAUACCCGAAAAGCUGUGAGUAAUUCCCGCCCAACCAACUGCACCGUGAUUGCUUACGGAUGCCAAAGGAUGGCAGCAGAGCACUACUUUUGUCAGAAUGAAGCUUCUCAACUCACUUCAACAGUUGCUUGUUCCCAAGAUGGCGUCAAAGCUAUACUGUUAUUGCUUUGGCGCGAGUGCGAAGACUAUUUAAGCAAAUUACAAAGAUGUAUGUUGUAAAAAUGUAAUUGGUUUCACUGCAUUCAAGGAGUUCGACUUGAAAUAAGCGACCUUUGACAUUUAGUUAGCACGCAAAUCAAGAGUCGCCACCCCCCUACCCUAUUUCGUCCUCCUCUUACAAAUGCAAAUCUCCUUUUUUUUUUAUUUCCUUUUUCCAGAGUUUAUUGUCCUCCCAAAACCAAGCCAGGUCUCCCUGUGGAACAAUAGUAUAGCCCAAAACACGAUAUUAUCUGCUGCUAAAAAAAACAAAAAUAAAUCAAAAAUGCGUAAGCCAGUCUGAUGCUGCUCUCCACUUCCUCUGCAAAUGUUACAAGUUGUCCUUUCCUUUUUUUUUUUUUAAUUUGAUUUUUGUAUGAAAUCCCUUGCCUUGCUACCUGCACCCCGUCCACAUUGACUUUGGUGCCAUGCUUCCCAAAAUUUAUUGAGCCAUGGUAUUUAUUUUAUAUUUCAAAAUGUCAUGACACCCCACCAAACAAAUAUCUCAAAUAGUUAAUUUACUGGUUAAAAAAAGUCAAACUAUACUAUACAUUGAGUUAUGUAUGGAUUGUUAUCAGUCUGCCUGUCACGAUAUCUUGCUGACGGAUGAACACUAACCCUACAAUUUGAAUAGAUAAUAAAGGAAGUAAAUUCAUUUUUUUUUUACUUAUUAGGUGAAUUUGAACAGUGGUUGCGAAUCCUGCUUUCGAGCUGGGGUGAGCAAUCUGUGAGCCCAAACAGUGCUGUGCAUUUCACCCCCCACCCCAAAAAAAAAAAAAAUUAACACAAAUGAUGUUAUAGUUUGUUUUUUUUUGCAUAGGACAAAGGUUGCCCAUCCCUGCCUUAAAGAGGACGACUAUGGAAGUGAAAUGGUGCCACCAGGAUUUGAGUUUGAAAUGCCACAGAAAACCUGAUGAGAAUUUAAAAUGUAAAUUGAUCAAAUUUUCAAUAGUUGUAUUUCAGUGUCAUUUUUCAAUGUUAACAAUUCAACUGGUUACAAUUCGCUGUCUGAAAUUCACCCUCUGUGCCACAAGGCAGGGUUACUUCAGGUAAGAAACCAGCCAGCCAAUCAAGUUCACAUGACUAAGAAAGCGUAACUGCGAUUGGCUGGGUGUUCGGUUCUGACCUGAAGUAACCCUGAGUUUAGAGGGUGAAUUAUAGACAGUGAAUUGUAGCAACUAUUGAAAAUGCGAUCACGUUACAUUUCAAAUUCAAAUCCCGGUGGCACUAAUUUACUUACAUAGAAGACUGCAUGAAAUUAUUUAAACAAAAAUAAAAAGGUGCAAUGUGGACUGUUGCUCAACUUUGUUAUUCCUCAUUUUUAUUAUAUUGUAACUCGCUUGGGAAAAUCGAUGGAUGAUUGUUCAACUCAUCCUGAGUGGAUGGUUCCAUAUUUUUUUCAUUUGUUUUGUUUUAAACGAAGUGUAGCCUGGAGUGCUCAGGGUUAUCAAAAUUGAUUAUUAUUAUUUUUUUUUAAUCAAGUGAGCAUCUGGCAAAAUUGCAUUCUAUACAUCUGCCUCCCCAUUAAUGACUUUUGCACUGAUUUUUUUUUUUUUUUUUUUUUGUAUUACUACUAUAUUGGAACACACACACACAAAAAAAGCAGACAUUUAUCACCCCCCCCUUCCCAAAAUAGCUAAGAACCGGAUGCUGCAAUUAUCUAGUCUUUUUAAAGCAAGAAAAAGUUUGCACUUGUUUAUUAGAUGAAAAAGAAAAAAAAGGCUUUACAUGUUUAAUGCUGUGCUCACAACUCACAGAUGGCUAAUAGCGUAGAGAGAAAAAUAAAAACUUAAGAUCCUUUUAUCUAUUGAGCAUUUAUUUUGAUAUUGUGUUCAGAUUGAACUGUGCUCUGUAUCAUAUUGUGUAUAUUUUAAUUAAUUUGAUGACAGGGGAGGGCAAGCUUACCAUUUCCCCCGUGGGAAGUUUUGUCAUGGAUAGUUAUAUUUCUAAUGCCUAAAGUUAUACAUAUUAAUAAUAAUUAAAAGUAAUCUUGAAUACA